GUUGACGCACGUGCAGGGAAGCUCAUGCAAUAGAGCGCCUCAGUUGCUCCAAUUUCUUCCCUGGAUGCCUAUAACUUUCCUAACCACAAGUGCAGUUAUUUGCACCUUCUUGUCUUUGCACUUUUUCUUCUCCUUAAAAUCUAUUUGUUUUAUACUGACUUGAAUGUUGAAGUGUCUGCCUUAGGUACUCUCAAGGCUUUGCAGGUUACUGCUUACUGGAUUGACGGGUACGUUCUGCAUCAACACAUCCUAUUGACCCAAUCAACUCAGCUAAUUGGAUUGACGGGUCCCCUAUCUGCAAAAGGAUGGACAAUGAGCUGCGGAUGGUGUUGAGCUACCAUAUAUUAUCGAAAGAAAUCAUUGGGAAAACAGCACAGAGCACAGAAUGAAGAGAAUUAUGGCUCCUAGUUUCGAAAGAAUUAAUAAAGAAUGGUUAAAGGUCAAUAGUUUACUUGGGUUUAACGACGCAUAUAGAAUAUGCAUUGAAUGAGUUUGAAAACUCAGCAUCAUCUCCAAAAGCUAAGCUUUUCAGAUAAGGAGGGCAUUGUUCCUGAAAUGGGCAGUUGGACUUGGAACCAUGGUGCUUGGUCCUGGAAGCUCUAGCUAGGAUUUCACUGAAUUGCUUUCAAGUGUCAUAUGUCCAAUGGCCAAAAAACUACCAUAUGUAAACGUUGGCUGAGAAACACGUUUGGUCUCUAUGAAGUUAUAAUAUAAACUACAUUGGAUA